AUGUUUGGGGCGGGGCAUACGCUCCAGGCAGCCAUCUGGUGUGCAUGCGGCAUGGCAUUUAUUUUGUUCGGUUAUGACCAAGGCGUCUUUUCGGGCAUUGUCGAGAACGAAAACUUUCUGGGUCAUAUGAAUCAUCCCGGGGACAGCUUGAUGGGGAUAAUUGUUUCGAUUUAUAACCUGGGCUGCUUUAGUGGAUGCAUUGUGAACUUUCUCAUUGCGGACCGGCUUGGACGCCGACGUGCUAUGUGGUUUGCCAUGGUCUGGGUCAUCAUUGGCGCAACGCUGCAGGCAUCCGCCUAUAGUGUACCCCAUAUCAUGGUCGGUCGAUUCAUCGCGGGUAUAGGCACAGGUAUCGAGACCUCUACUGUGCCCAUGUACCAGGCAGAGCUGUGCGAGGCUUCCAAACGCGGCAAGCUUGUUUGCAGUGAGCCGUUGCUAGUAGGUGUCGGAAUUGUCAUCAGUUACUUUUUUGACUUCGGGAUGAGCUUCGUCGGCGGCCAGAUUGCUUGGAGACUCCCGAUUGCGUGCCAGAUGAUUUUUGCCUUUGUUGUCAUUGUUCUUGUCUUCGGACUUCCGGAAUCUCCUCGCUACUGCUACCAGAAAGGACGAAACGAGGAGGCACUGCAGAUCCUGAGCGAUGUCUAUGGCCGACCAAAAGACGACCCGAAGAUUCAGGAUGAGCAAAAUGACAUUCUCGAGGCCCUUGCUAUCGAAACCAAGUACGGAGAGUACCAGUGGCGAAACGUCUUCAAGCACGAUGCUGUCUCAACCGGGCACAGAGUACUUCUCGCGUAUGGAAUGCAAUUCAUGAACCAAGUGGGCGGUAUCAACCUCAUCGUCUACUUCAUCCCCACUGUUCUCAAGAACAACGUCGGCCUCAGCCAAAACCUUUCCAUGAUUAUCGGAGGAUGCGUCCAAAUCAUGUUCGUCCUAGGGAGUUUCUUUCCCACCUUCUUCGUUGACCGCGUAGGCCGCCGCGCACCGAUGAUCUGGGGCUCAUUGACACUCGGAAUCAGCAUGAUGAUGGUCUCGAUCCUGCUCAGUUUCAAAGGCACAGCAAACGAACACCAGACCUCCUCGGCGUCGGUGGCGUUUUUCUUCAUCUACAUGUUCGCAUUCGGUGCAUCGGUAAACUGCAUCCCCUGGUGCUAUGUACCAGAGAUCCUCCCCUUACAUGCACGAGCCAAGGGCACGGCAAUUGGUAUAUCAUCGAACUGGAUCUGGGUAAGUCAUCAUCCUACACAAAAAAAUAAUAACUUCUUCGUCGUCAUGAUUACACCCGUGAUCAUUCACCGUCUCCAAUGGAAGGCGUAUCUGAUUUUCAUGGGCACCAAUUUCGCCUUCAUCCCCCUGGUUUACUUCUGCUAUCCUGAAACCGCGAACCUCACGCUCGAGGAAAUCGAUUACCUGUUUACGCACCCGGAAAAGAGCGCCGUGACGAUUUCCAAGGAGUUGCACGAGCAGCGCAAGAAGUUCGGGGAUACUCGGCGGCGGCUUGCCCAUGACACGAUGGCUGUGAUGAAUGUGAAUGACUCGAGUGUUCCCAGUGAUGGAAACACAGAGAAGGCACGUGGCGACGAGUAUAUUGAGCGGGUUUAA